CACUCUACAAAUGACAAUUGCCUCUCCUUCCCUUUCUUCCGUUCCAUUAAGUUUACAACUGGACUAGUGCUAGAGAGAGAGAGAGAGAGAGAGAGAGAGAGAGAGAGAGAGAGAGAUGGCGAAAUCAUCCGAAGCUGUUGGUUGGGCUGCUAGAGAUCCCUCUGGGAUCCUCUCUCCGUUCAAAUUCCCUCGCAGAGGAAACGGAGAUGAUGAUGUGACGGUUAAAGUAAUGUACUGUGGGGUGUGCCACUCUGAUUUGCAUACUCUGAAAAAUGAAUGGGGGUUCACAAUGUACCCUAUUGUUCCAGGGCAUGAAAUUGUAGGUGUUGUAACUGAAACUGGGAAGAAUGUUGAGAAAUUCAAAGUUGGUGACAGAGUUGGUGUUGGGGUGAUUGUUGAUUCCUGCAGAACAUGUGACAUCUGCCAUCAAGACUUGGAAAAUUACUGCCCAAAAGUGAUAUUUACAUAUAACUCGAUUCACCCUGAUGGAACAAAAACUCAAGGUGGUUACUCUGAUGUAAUGGUGGUGGACCAGGGCUAUGUGCUUCGUUUUCCUGAUAACCUGCCCCCUGAUGCUGGUGCACCACUCAUUUGUGCUGGGAUCACAGUUUACAGCCCAAUGCAAUAUUAUGGAAUGACUGAGCCUGGGAAGCACUUGGGAGUGGUGGGACUCGGUGGGCUUGGUCAUCUCGCUGUCAAGUUCGGUAAGGCCUUCGGGUUGAAAGUCACUCUGAUAAGUACCUCACCAAAGAAGGAGGCGGAGGCCAUCAACAAACUCGGUGCUGAUUCUUUCCUUCUUAGCACUGAUCCUUCAAAAAUGAAGGAUGCUAUGGGUACCAUGGACUACAUCAUUGAUACAGUUUCAGCUGUUCAUCCCUUGGCUCCAUUGCUUGGCCUGUUGAAGCUGAAUGGGAAACUUGUUAAUGUCGGCCUGCCUGAUAAGCCCUUAGAGCUGCCUAUGUUCCCAAUAUGUUUGGGGAGGAAGCUUGUUGGGGGAAGCAACAUUGGUGGAAUUAAAGAGACACAGGAGAUGCUUGACUUUUGCGCGGAGCACAACAUAGUAUCAGACAUUGAGCUGAUUCGCAUGGGCGACAUCAAUGCAGCUAUGGAACGGCUGGCCAAAUCUGACGUCAAGUACCGGUUUGUGAUUGAUGUGGGAAACUCCUCCUUGUAGAGUAGUAGGUAAGCCAGUGGUGUUCAAAUUGCCGUUGUCUCUUUUUGUGGUCUACACAAUAGAUACAAACGGAUUGAGCGAGUUUGACAAAACCUUAGCUCGAAGGUUGUAAUAAAAUGUGGGUGUCUUGGACAUGUCCGCUGUUCGUUGUUGUCUAGUUUAAGGUCAAAACCGAUGAAACUAAUUUUAUUCGCUUUUAAUCAUUUGCCAUCUUUUUAUUUGGUGGCUAAUUAUAGAGGAUAUUUUGUUUUAGAAAACGUUAUACCCUUCUUCUCCUUUUGGAGACGAGGGGAACAUAUUGUCGUGUUUUCCAUUU